CAGAUGCUACAAUAUGGCGGCGCUGUAACGCUGGCGAACAACAAACCGAAGUUUUUUUUAUAUAUUAAUAGAAAAACGACAAAUUACCGGGGCCGUUGGAUAAAAAGAGGAAGAAAGCAGCCAUGUCGUUCAGAGAUCUCAGAAAUUUCACUGAGAUGAUGCGUGCGCUCGGAUACCCUCGACUCAUCUCCAUGGAGAACUUCCGGACACCAAAUUUUCCUCUGGUAGCAGAGAUACUCUUGUGGCUUGUCAAGAGGUACGAACCACAGAUGGACAUCCCCAGUGACAUCGACACAGAGUCGGACAGAGUGUUCUUCAUCAAAGCUGUGGCUCAGUUUAUGGCAACAAAGGCUCAUAUCAAAGUGAACCUGAAGCGUCUGUACCAGGCGGACGGCUACGCGGUGAAAGAGUUGCUAAAGAUCACCAGCGUCCUCUACAACGCCAUGAAGACCAACCAGACGGACACGGACGAGCCCAGCUCUGAGGACGCCAGCAACAAAUUCAAAUUCAACCUGGCUUCCAAGAUAGCAGAUUUAAAGGCGGCGCGUCAGCUCGGCUCUGAGAUCACAGCGAAGGGGGCGUCGCUCUACGACCUCUUGGGACGCGAACAGGACCUGAGAGAGAGCAGGACGGCCGCAAUCGCAAGACCCCUAGAGAUCGUUGAAGUGGAAAAAGCGCUUCGAGGGGCAGUGAAAGACGUCCUGGAGAACGUGCAGAAGACCAAGGAGAUGUUGAGUAACGUGGCAGCUGACGAGGCGAGUCUGGAGGCCAAAAUCGAGAAGAAAAAACAAGAGCUGGAGAGAAACCAAAAGCGCUUACAGACACUGCAGAGUGUCCGCCCCGCCUUCAUGGAGGAGUACGAGAAGAUCGAGGAGGAGCUGCAAAAGCAGUACGAGACCUACGUGCAGAAAUUCCACUGUCUGUGUUCGCUGGAGCAGCAGCUGGACGAGUAUCACCGACUGGAGCAGGAGCGCUUCGAGGAAACAGAAAAUUCCAUGAAAAUGAUGCAACACAAGCUGCGUGAGGAGGACAGGAGACUCAUGACAAGUGGAGUGCGAGACGAAGACUCGGACAUGGAGAUCCCAGAAGACGAAGGCUCAGACAGUGAUAUAGAGGAAGGACGGCCGUCCAAACCAUUUCCGCUUCGCCAUGCGCAGAUACCAGGUCGAGCAGGUGGACGUCUCAUUGGCAACAUGCAGGGUGGAGACUCGGAUGAGUCGGACGACAGCGAGAUCGACGUCGACGACGAUGACGAGGAGGAAGAAGAAGACGAAGGGAACGAAGAUCUCGACGAAGAAAACGGCAGCCUGGAAGGCUCCGCCUCCACGCACAACCGACCAACCAGAUCACUGCACCCUCAGAUACUGGAGGAGAGUGACAAUGACUUCUAACCAGUACAGGAGAGGUGGAAGGAUACGGACAGAUACGACACAUAAUAGAUUUCACACAUUUAUUCUACUAUUAUGAAAAAACUGUUUUGAAUGUCAGUGUUUAUUGAAUACACAUAUAUUUUUACAUAUAAAAUAGUACAUCAUAUCAUGCAGUCAGAAACAGAACUGGCACUGAUGCCCAAUAAUAAAUAUCAAUCCAUAUAAUUUAUAAAAUUUAAUAAAUUGGUAUAAAUUGUACAUCUUUCAUUUUGUGACUGU